CGUCCGCUCGGUCCCUGCCUGACCAACGAUGCUGUACUGCUGGCCAACCUGCAGGCCCCACUGCGUUAUGGUCUCAUCGACACUGUCAUCUCCUCUUGCCUCUCCGUAGCCUCAACGACUCCCGGCAGCAGUGGGCUUACUGUCUGUAAGGCCCUACUGGGCUACCUACAGGAGCGCAAGUCCCAGCGUCUGGUCACUCACAGUGGCGAGACGCCCUGUUACACAAUGCCCGGUGUAGGUGUUCAUCCCUCUUCCCCCUCCCUCUCUCCAUUUUUACAACUUUGUUCAUUUAUCUAUUUUCCUGGUCUAUACAUACACCGGCUGUCCUAG